UGUCCCGGAUGAGGUUGAGUCACCCGCGUUGAUGACGUCACUCGAUCUCUGAAAAUGGCUGAGUCGGAAGAGGAGGUGGAUGUUUUGGUCCAGAGAGUUGUGAAAGAUAUCAAUAACGCCUUUAAACGAAACCCCAACAUUGAUGAAAUCGGCCUCAUUCCGUGCCCCGAAGUCCGAUACAACAGAAGCCCCAUCGUCCUGGUGGAGAAUAAGCUGGGAGUGGAGAGCUGGUGUGUCAAGUUUCUGCUGCCCUAUGUGCAUAAUAGACUCCUGCUGUACAGGCAGAGAAAGCAGUGGCUCGAUCGGGAAGCACUGGUAGAUAUAACCUGCACAUUGCUUCUCUUAAACCCAGAUUUUACAACUGCGUGGAAUGUCAGGAAAGAGCUCCUGCAGUGUGGCGUGUUAAACCCAGAGAAAGACCUUUACCUGGUUAAACUAGCACUAUCUAAGCAUCCUAAAAGCCCAGAGACAUGGAUACACAGGCGCUGGGUGUUACAGUGGCUGCAGAAGGAGUGCUCUCCUUCUGGACAAGAACUGAAGGAUCAGGCUGAACCCAGAGGAGACGCUGUGGGGAGGAGACCGUGCGAGCGGCUGCAAAGAGCCUUGCAGGAGGAGAUGAGGGUCUGUGCAGACGCAGCCGGCCGUUACCCGAGCAACUAUAAUGCCUGGUCCCAUCGCAUCUGGGUAUUGCAAAACAUGGCUAAAGGCAAUCUGAAGGUUCUGCAUGAUGAGCUGUCCUCCACCCGACUGUGGGUGUCCAUGCACUUGUCGGAUCACAGUGGCUUCCACUACCGUCAACACCUGCUCAAGGCCCUGGCCAGAGAGCUGAGCCAGGUUGGAGAGACAGAGCUCCACCCCAGCAAGCAGCCUAACGGAGAGAGCACAGCGGGUGCGUCUGAUGACAAUCACCAUAAUGACGUCAUCCCUCAGCUCUUCCACGAGGAGAUGGAGCUCUGCACUGAUCUCAUCGAGUCAUUUCCGGGCCACGAGACGCUGUGGUGCCACAGGCGACAUGUCUUCUACCUGUGGCACCAGUGGCGGAGGGAGCACCUGCAGGGGGCAGGGUCACAAUCUCCACCUCUCACCCACACCGAUGUCCUCCUCAGCGAGGAGCCCUGUGACGACAGCAGCACCUCCCAGACCAUGGACGUUGACUGUGUUCUGGACGGGAGCAAACACGGAAGCUACACCCAGGACACAAAGCGACUAAAGCGGGGACCACUGCUUCCCCACCCUGCACUUCCCUCCGAGCACACGUUUGUCUCUAGAAUCCUCACGGACUGCCGGAGCACCGAGCAAAACCGCUUUGCCAUUGCCUACAGGAAGUGGCUGGACUCAGUUAUAGGUCAGUAGUGUGAGAAAUGCUCCGCCCACCAUGAUAUGGGAGAACUGUGAUAGGUCAACUUAUUUCUGGCUCCAGCCGCCCACACCCGGUUCUCUGAAAACAGCUGGACUCCUUGGCCGGCUUGUCAGAGCUGCUCUGCCAGAGCAAAUUCCCACUCAUGAUGAAAACCCAUGACCUGUCUCGGCAGUCUAAGCCUGGUCUGUUUUAGCUGCUUUAGUUCAGGUACUGGAUAUCUCAGGUCUGUUUUCAGUGUACAAUCCUCUUUUCUCUAUCAGAAGCUACAAGUUUGUAGUUUUUUCAUAUAGUUUUGUUGGUUUUUAUGUUGUUUAAAGUCUUCCACCACAAAUCAAUUACAGUAUGCUCUCAUCAUGUUGUCUGCAGUUUUGCUAUUCCGGCCGGGAAUCUUAAAUGCACACUAUGGUGCACACUUGAAGGGAACACUUAGAGCCCAAAGUGAUUCUGACCCAGUUUCCCUCUUUUGUUUAAUUGAGGGCAGACUGGCUCUUGAAUCCCGUCUACUGCUCCUCUUUGGACUUUUGUACUAAAGCAUGAAUAUUUUUCAGCGAUUACCUAGACGUUUUGAUACAAUCAGUAAUGUGAGCACAAUCAUUGAAUUUAAAGAUUCCUUGAGCCAUUUGAUAUGAAAUAAUAGGGCUAAAGACAGACAUUUUCAUGAGUUUUAAUAAUCUUAAAUCAAUAAAGCAGAUUAAUGAACACAUAAAGUUGACAGAAUUUCUAGACGCUGUCCUCAUUCAGGUGAGUAUUUGUAUUAUAUGACAUAUCUGUUGCAGGGUCAGCAUUUCUUCAGUUCAUGCAGAUGAUUCUUGGGCAUUUGAGAAUAAAUGUUCCUGAAGCACAUCGUCGUAACUCCAUUAGAAUAACAAAGGCCACGUUGUCACAUGGACUAGCCUCAGCAUUUAAGCACUAGUUUUGGGUUAUAGUUCAUCCAGGUGGGCUCACAGAUUCAUGGGUUUUCGUGAUGAAAGGGAAUAGCAGAAGUAGGAAUAGGCGUUUCUCAGCUUGGCCCAAAUGUGGCUGCAGAAAUAACAUUCUGCCACAUUCAAGCCCAUCUUGUGCAGAACGGUGCUUAUUCUCUGCACUGGGGGAGUGUGGACCCCUGAGGGGCCUGGGUUUACAAAUGCUGCUUUGUUUAACACUAUUUUGAACUUAAAAUAUAUUUAUGCAAAUAUAAAAAGUGAAAUGUUGUUGGCUUCAAUUAUGUGAUGAUUUAUUAAAGCUAAUAAGCUAUUAGACAGUUAUGGUUGACUCACUGUUACUCAGUAAUUAUUAAACUUGUAAUAAACUGAAGUUUCACAGGCUCAGUCUUACAUUGACAACUUAAUUCUUUCACAGCUUACUUAAGAGUAGGUUCUGAAAAUCUGAUUAGAUAUUAUAUCUCGCUCUUAAAUUAGGACAUAUGCAAAACUAUUCUUGUUAGGUGAAAUCAUUUUAACAUUCUAGCAAAGCUUAUAUGAAUCCAUGUCUUUCAGCAUAUCUGUAAGACUUGCAGAGUUCGAUCUUAAGUUUCACAUCAUAAAAGUCUAAUUUUGUUCUUUAGUUUCUUUUUUGCACAAUUGCACAAGAACUAGAUUUUUGAAAGUAGUUGUUACAUAACUUCUUGACUGACUCUCAGACUUUAUAAAGGGCCAUGUCAGAGUGCUUUUUUCUGUUCCUUCUUUUCUUGGACCAUGACCUUUUUUUUUUUUUUGAGCUGCAGCAGCAAAAUCACCAAAUGUCUGUCACAAAAUUCUGAAAGGUUCCCCUCAAGAAUAAAGCCAGCUUUUCCUCCACACCAUUCCUCUGUAUAAUGCAAUGUUUAGCAACUGCACUGACAGCGUUUGAUCAUUUUUCACUCUUUAGAAGUACAGGAGUGUGCACAGGUGCUUGUUUUUAGAUGAUGAUAAUAUAAGAGUUUAGCAGCUUUUUUUAACCUCCCUUGCACCUGCUGUUAAACAAACUGCUCCUAAUAGAGUACUGUAUGGAAGAAUAGUCUAAAACUGGAAUGCAUCUGCAACGAAUGCCUUUAUAUUUUGUCACUUUGAUCUGAAUAGUUAUCUUUUUGCAUGUACAUUGUGUCUACUGUUGUAUUGGGAUCAAGGUCACAUUGUCAUUGUAUUUGAUUACUUUUUAUUAUAUUUAUUUUUAGGAUUUCAUGACCCAUACAUGCAGAGACCGAGACACAUCACGUUGAUUUUUUUGGCUCCCUAAACAAUUAACAAUU